AUGUCUUCCACAGCAGUAUCAACAGGCACAGCCGCCGCCCCCUCUGCAACCUCGACCUGCACCGCAAGCCUCUACGACACCCCCGAACACGACCGCGUCUGCGCGAUGCCCUACGGCGGCAACCACACAGACAUCAUGUCCGCCUGCUGCAACGACGCAGACGUGGUCGCCUACUACGACAACUGCGGCCUCUACUGCCUCGCCCUAGACCAAUCCGUCAAAGACCUCCAGGACUGCCUCUUUGAGCAGGGCGCGGGCUACACCGAGGUCUUCUGCCGCGACAACGGCAACGUGAACGCCUCCGCCACGGCGACGGGCAACGUCGACCCGCCCGCUUCGGCGCAGGCGAGCGUCGUUGCGUCGGGCGGUUCCGGGUCGGGAAGCGGUUCUGCUUCGGCGAGCGGGAGCGGGAGCGGCUCGAGUUCUACUUCGUCGGCGAAUGCGGCGGCGGGGGUGCAUGUCCCUGCUGGGGUGAACACGCUUGGACUUACAAUUGGCGCUUUGCUUCUUUCUGCUGCGACGUUCGGCGCUCUUCAGAUCUAA